AUGACGCAUUUUUAUUGGCUGAUGCUGGAAAGUGACGAGCGGUCUUUUCUGAGACCAAUGAACCGGAGGAGAGCGCCUCGUCGCAUCUCUCACUCGCAGAGAAGGGGUGCAUCAGCAGGAGGACAAUGGAGACAGAGGAGUGAAGAGCAAUGGCAAGGCCAUGUCAAAGCAAGGGGGAGAGAGGUGGAGGAGGAUGAGAGAUGCGAGCAGCAUGGGAAAGAGACCGUGCCCAGGGGAACCUGCCAAACCAUGUGCCCUGCUCGUGAGCUGCGGGCCCGUGAGGCACAGUACCGCCUUCACCAUUUUGAGAUGUUGGCAGGCACAGAAAGAGAUCGACAGCCCAAAGGAGACCCCUUGCGUGCUGUCAAAGAGUAUUCCAGACCAGCAGCUGGGAAAGACUCCACAAUCCCCACUGACCUCCGCCCACCUGCUGUGCUGCUGAAAACUGUGCAUUACCUUAUUGAUGACAUUGCUGCCUCCCCUCACCUGCAUCCCUGGACUGAGGUGUACGGCUUUGUAUUUGAUCGACUGCGUGGCGUGAAGCAGGACAUGAUCAUCCAGAGGGUGUCUGGGGAGAACUGUGUGGCCAUUUUAGAGCGAACAGUGCGGUUCCUGAUCUACGCCUCUUAUCGGCUUUGUGGUGAGCCCCUGCGGCUCUACGACCCGUGCAUUAACGACACACACCUACAGGAGAAUCUGAGCUGGCUGUUGGACUGCUAUGCAACUGAAAAGGGGCCACAUCCCAACCAGGAAGAGUUCCAGGCUCUUGGUCUGCUGUACAACUUGGGUUCAGCUCGUGCCACACAGCACAUCAUGGAGCUCCCUGAGCGACUUCGCAGCUCUCCUGCCAUCACACUUGCUCUUUCCAUAAACCGAGCUUCUCUGGAGCGGAACCCCAUACGUUUGCUCCGAUUGGCCCAGAGGUUGAACUUCCUGCAGAGCUGUGCUCUGCACCGUCACCUGAUGACAUGUCGUAGAGAUCUGCUGCUAAUAUACAGCCACGGAUACAACAGUCGUAACUGUCGCUUUCCUCUUCAUGGACUGGGUCAGCUCUUGUUCUUAGACACAUCACUCACAGCCCGACUCUGUCAGGAGUACGGAGUGGAGGUUAACCAGGACAACCAAGUAGUAUUCUCUAAGGCUGCUUUCACUGAGCCUGAACAAGGAAAACUCCACUGCAAACUGUACCACAACAUAGUGGCUGAGAAACAGAGAGACCUCACUGUCGAGAACAUCAUUCACGGAUGCUCUUGAGAAAUAAAAGGAUUAGAUCAAUUAUACAACUGAUGUGUUGGUUGAUUGGCAUUCAUGUUUGCUCCUGUUUCUGCACAGGGACAUCAGUGCCACAAGCAGGGAUUUAAAGUGUAUUUUUAAACACACCUUAGCAGUGCUUUCACCUUUCUUUUCUUGUUAUCCUUUGCAUUUGAGUCUCAGUGUUUCCUUCUCUCAUACAUGUUCAACAUAAGGGUCAGGGCUUGUGUUUGCUGAGCCAUUGAUCUGCCAUGCUUCACUUAAGUGACGCUGAACUCCAGGUGCCUGAAUUACUGUAAAGGAAUACUUCACCCACAAAAUGAUCAUUUGUGUAUCAGUUAGUCAUACCGUGUUACCUUGAAACUGUGAAGAAAACUUUGCUUUUCUUGCAUGCCCUCACAGAAAACUCAGAAUAUAAAGCUUUUUGAUUGACUGGGUACCACCUUCAACUUUUAACAACAUCAAAACGUCCGUUUACAAACACUCCCACAAGUGUAGUAUAAUCCAAUUCUCAUUUAUGUAGUCGUAUGCUCAGUAUCGCCCAAACACAUGUAUUUUUGCUAAAAUGGAGUAUUUAAAAAUAACAAAUUGGAACAUGUCUAUGCUCUCUUCUAAGUUAGACUCUAAUACUAAGGAUUUUUAGUAAAAAACUACUACUACUACUGAGCACACAACUGGUUAAUGAGCUUUGGAUUAUACUGCGGGAGAUUUUGUUAACUGAUGCUUUAAUAUAGUUUUCUGUUGUUAAAGGUGGUCCCCAAUCAAUCAGUAAAUCAUGUUCACCGUUUUCCAUGGAGGCAUGCAAGAAAAAGAUUUCUUAACAAAUUAAAGGUUAACACAACAUGACAGUCUAAUUUACGAAUGGUCAUUUUGUGGGUAAGUAUUCCUUCAAAAUGUGAAUUACUUUAAUGUUGUUACUCUUUACUGGUUACAUUUAAGGGUUUAAAUGUGAUGUUAAUGCUCUAUGUUUUUGUGAGGCAUUUCAGGAAACCUACUGGACAAUUUACUGUGCAUCAGUGUUCAUUUAUUCUCACCAAUGCAGUACCUCAGAAGCUGUAAAUAAAUAUUUCUUA